AUGUCCACUCGCUAUCACCAAGCUGCUAGUGAUAGCUACCUGGAACUUCUGAAGGAGGCUACCAAGAGAGAUCUGAAUCUUUCUGAUGAAGAUGGCAUGACUCCCACACUCCUAGCAGCCUAUCAUGGGAACUUGGAAGCCCUAGAAAUAAUCUGCAGCAGAGGAGGGGAUCCUAAUAGAUGUGACAUCUGGGGAAAUACUCCUUUACAUUAUGCAGCCUCCAAUGGUCAUGCCCACUGCGUCUCGUUCCUGAUCAACUUUGGUGCCAACAUCUUUGCUCUGGACAAUGACUUACAGUCUCCACUGGAUGCUGCUGCCAGCAGAGAGCAGAAUGAAUGUGUCGCUCUUCUGGAUAAGGCUGCCACCUCCCAGAACAUCAUGAACCCCAAGAAAGUCACCAGGCAGAAGGAGCAGGCUCAGAAGAAUGUCAAGAAGCAGAUCAAAGAGUGUGAGAGGCUCCAGGAGAAGCACCAAAAUAAGAUGGCCCGCACAUACAGCAAGGAGGAAUCUGGGACUCUUUCUUCUUCCAAGGGAACUUUCUCUAGGUCACCCCUUUCGAAUGCUUCUGCUUCUAACACAUUUGGGUCACUGUCUAAGAGUAUUAAAGAUACCCUCAAGCUUAAGUUCAAGAAGAACAAAGAUACAGCAGAGCAGUUAGGGGAUGGGAGCAGAAGUGGGCAGAAGAAUGUGAUGGAAGUGUUCAGAGAGGAUGAGGAAGACGAAUUCUCAGGGGACUUCAUAGAGAAGCUCCAAUUAUCUGCAGAGGGGGACAGCUGUAUGCAACACGAAUCCAUUCUCAACCGUCCAGGUCUAGGAAAUGUUGUUUUUGGAAGGAAUAGAAUAUUCAGCCCUGAAGACAUCUCAGACAGCAGGAGGGAGCUGGGGUUUACAAUGCCCAGCGAAUUGCUUCAGAGACAAGGAGAAGCCGAGGCUGAUGAAGAGGGAGAGGAAAACAACCAUGAAGAUGACCUGCCUUGGGAUGAGGAUGAAGUGCACUGGGAGGAAGAUGUGGUUGAUGCUACUCCCCUGGAAGUGUUCCUGCAGUCCCACUGCUUGGAAGAAUUUCUUCCUAUUUUCAUGAGAGAACAGAUUGAUCUGGAAGCUCUGCUGCUUUGCUCUGAUGAGGACCUUCAGAGCAUACAAAUGCAGCUGGGUCCCAGGAAGAAAGUUCUUAAUGCCAUAAAUAGAAGGAAGCAGGUGCUACAACAGCCUGGGCAGUUGGUUGACACCAAUCUCUGA